AUGGCGCAGCCCAAGGUUCUGAUGACCAAGGAGCCGGCCCCUCAGACCGUGCCCCCCUCGGACCUACCCGUGAAGGUGUACGAAUUGGCACUGAAUACGGGGCCCGACUCCUCCAGCGGCCUGGCCACAGCCGGUUUCUGUACUGCCAAGUACCUGUCCUUUGAGUGGUUCCAGAGCAACUCUAAUUUGUACCACAAGGCCUCGUCUGGCUGCGACCAGGCUGAGAAUGGCCGAGCAGAGGCCAAGGAGCUGGCUGACCAUGCUGCUGCCACUGCCCAGCGUACUCAGCAAGCUUCUACAGCCACCCUCGGCCAGCGCCUGCAGGGCCUACACUUCUGGAAGUCUGAGCUCCAGAAGGAGAUUGAGGACCUGGAUGCAGAAACUAACCUGCUCGCAGCCCAGAAGCUGCGUCUGGAAAGGGCACUCGAUGCCUCCGAGUUGGCCUAUACCAUUGCCACUGAUAACCUACAGUGUCGGGAGAGGAGACAACCCCCAGACCUGGUCAAUGAUGAGGUGGAGAGAGAAUUGCUGAAGGAAGCUGAACUCAUCAGAAAUGUUCAGGAGCUUUUGAAAAGAACUUUGAUGCAAGCUGUUAACCAGAUGAGACUGAAUCGAUAUCACAAAGAGGUUUGUGAAAUGGACUGGUCAGACAAAGUUGAAACUUACAACAUCGAUGAUACGUGUGGCAGAUACAGUAACCAGAGCACCAACAUCCAGUUCCAUCCCAGUUCAGUGAAGUUUGAGGAGAGUGCCUCAACACCAGAGACAUGGGCCAAGUUCAGUCAUGACAACAUCUCUAGGGCAGAAGGAGAGAAAGCAGCUUCCAUCAAUCUUCGUGCCCUGCUUGACAACGUCCUUCACGAUGUGUCUGAGGACCUGAGGCUGCAAUGUGCUGCUGUGAACGAGGCCUUUGCCAAGCGCUGCCAGGAGCUGGAUGAUGCAAAGCACAAACUAGAGCAUCAUUUGAGAAGAGUCCUUAAGGAGAUUGGAGCUGAAGAAGCCAGCAUUGCUGCCCUCAAACAAGCCAUCAAAGACAAAGAAGCCCCAAUGAAAGUUGCUCAGACCAGGCUGUACAACAGGUCCUUUAGGCCCAACGUAGAGCUCUGCAGAGAUGAGGCCCAAUUCAGGUUGAUCAAUGAAGUUGAAGAACUAACAGAGACCAUUGAGUCCCUGAAGAAAACACUGCUGGAAUCUGAAGAGUCUUUGAGGAAGCUGGAAGACACCCGGAUGGAUUUAGAGAAGGAGAUAGCAGUGAAAGCCAACAGUCUCUUCAUUGACAGGCAGAAGUGCAUGGCCCACCGCAGCCACUACCCUGCUGCUCUGAAAUUAGCAGGUUACCAGCCACCAUCUCUGUACUAG